UUCAGAGCGGAUUCAACCGCCAAGUAAGUUACAUUUUGCGAUGUCAUUCAAAAUAAGUUUGAGCCCAGUUAAUACGUAAAAAACUGGAUUUGUGUGGUCGCAGAGACAUACACCGCUGGAUACAUGGUCUGAAAUGACAGCGUCCCAUGUUUUUUGAAGGGAAUUCCCUCUGAUUUUCAGCCGCUGUUAUUACUAUAAACAGUGAAGCCAGAAGCCUCAUGUUUUCGCCAAGCGAAGAGGAGCACUGCGCCCCGUCUAAAGACCCAGUCAAAUACGGAGAGUUGGUAGUAUUGGGGUACAAUGGCUCCCUGCCCAAUGGAGAUCGAGGUAGAAGGAAAAGCAGAUUUGCUCUAUACAGGAAGACCAAAGCUAAUGGCGUGAAGCCGAGCACUGUGCACAUCCUAAACACACCCCAAGCCAGCAAGGCUGUGAACUGCAAAGGCCAACACAGUAUCUCCUACACACUGUCCAGGAACCAGACGGUAGUGGUGGAGUACAGCCAUGAUAAAGACACAGACAUGUUUCAGAUUGGGCGUUCCACCGAGAGCCCAAUCGACUUUGUGGUGACUGACACGGUGUCAGGAGGCCAGGAGGGAGAGGAGAACCCGAUCACUCAGAGCACCAUCUCCCGGUUUGCCUGCCGAGUCGUCUGUGAGCGGAACCCACCCUUCACCGCUCGCAUCUAUGCAGCCGGCUUUGACUCUUCCAAAAACAUCUUUCUGGGGGAAAAAGCUGCCAAGUGGAAGAACCCUGAUGGUCACAUGGACGGGCUGACAACCAAUGGCGUGCUGGUGAUGCACCCGAGGGGAGGUUUCACCGAGGAGUCCAAGCCCGGCGUAUGGAGGGAGAUCUCUGUUUGUGGGGAUGUUUACACUCUGAGAGAGACCCGCUCUGCACAGACCCGAGGCAAACUGGUGGAGAAUGAAAGUAAUAUACUGCAGGACGGCUCCCUUGUGGAUCUGUGUGGAGCCACCCUGCUGUGGCGAACUGCAGACGGCCUCUUUCACACCCCCACCCAGAAGCAUCUGGAGGCUCUGAGGCAGGAAAUCAACGCAGCGCGACCCCAAUGUCCCGUAGGUCUCAACACCCUGGCCUUCCCCAGCAUGCAGCGCAGCCGUGCUCUCUCCUCUCUGGAGGACAAGCAGCCUUGGGUCUACUUGGCAUGUGGCCACGUGCACGGUUAUCACAACUGGGGUCACCGUUCAGAGCAGGAGCCCAAUGCUCAGCGGGAGUGCCCGAUGUGCCGGGCCGUGGGCCCCUACGUACCACUAUGGUUGGGGUGUGAGCCCGCAUUCUACGUGGACACUGGUGCACCUACGCACGCCUUUGUGCCGUGUGGACACGUGUGCUCAGAGAAGUCAGCCAAAUACUGGGCAGAGAUCCCCCUGCCCCAUGGCACCCAUGCCUUCCAUGCCGCCUGCCCCUUCUGUGCCACCCAGCUCAGCCUCACUCAGGGCUGUUCCAAGCUCAUCUUCCAGGGCCCAGUUGACUGAGCUGCAGGGUUCUGCUCUGGGAAAGAGAUUAGGCAGGAAUGCCAACAUGCUGUGAAACUGUUCAGAUUAUUUAGUGCUUUCUUUUGUUUUUGUAAGCCAACUGUGGAAAGGAGUGAGACCUCACAAGGUCUGGUCACAUACUGUGGAUUCUGCACAACAGAGGUCCUUUACAUUGUGUCUGACUGGGGCCCACUCUGGCUCUUGAGAUGGGCACUGUGGGUGCAGAGAUGUGGAGCACACUGGACCACUGACACCCAGCUCCUCCAAAAUACUGUUCCAACUGUUCUGCCAGCCAACCGCUUUCAACAAGGCUCCAGCGUCAGGCUGUUUUAACUACAAUGGCUGCUCAUUUUGCAUCAAAGGGCUAUGAGAUUAGGGCCGUAGAAGGAGUGAAUUGUUUUCACUCGUCAUAAAUCCUUAGUCUGGACCAGAUAACAGCAAGCAGGUGUAGUUGGGGUCUGUUGGGGAAGGUGUGGGGUGGGGGGAGUUGUGUAAUUCUUGGUAGGUUUGAGACACAUGGUUUUUACAGAGCCAGACAGCUGGACUGUUGGCUGGGAAGAAGGCCAGGAGAGACUUUGGGGCUCAUGGCUAACUAGUUAAGUUUUUUUCCCGCUGGCCCCUCGGCCCUUAGCCUCUAAUGGCAACCAGAUCAUAUAGCCUAUCCAGAGGUGGGCAUCCCUCCAUUUGGUGAACAGACGUUUGGAGAAAAAUAACCCUUACGUUUUGUGUACAGGGAUGUAUUCCAGUGCCUCAAAUCCCAUAAAAGCUUUGGGAAUAUUUUUCAUAGAUGCGAAAAGCUAUUUUGUUGAAGGCAAUGGGAGAGAUAGUAUCAUAUACAAAAGGCAUAACGAAAUGAUAACCCACAUGGAUUCUUCUCCACAUUUUUAUCUGUCAGAAGAGAGUAUUUUACUACACUGACACCCUUGUACUGUUUUGUAAUGAAAAUGUUAAUAUAUUUUUCUCCUGCAUAAGUAGUGUGUGCAUGUGUGUGUGUGUGUGUGCGUGCGUGCGUGUGUGCGUGCGUCUGUGUGGGUUGGAUUGUGUGGGUGUCCUUGGGCUUUGUUGGACUUGCCCUGCAUCCUUUCACCCCAGUCCUCUUUCUAUGAUCUCGCUCAUCACCCAAAACGAUAAAUGAGAACAAAGCAUUAAAUCAACCUUGCGGGGUAUGACAAUGAAUGUAUUCAAAUACAUUGACUCUCCUCACCAUUGGUGCUUUACCCUAAAUAAUGCCAUUCACUUUCCAAAUAGCUAAUAUUUUUCCCUAAAUGUGCUGUAAAACGUGGGUCACUUGAUGGAAGUAAGGCCUUCAUUUGCAGUGAAACAGAGACCAUAGGAAGUGUACUCCCAUAUACAUCCAUCCACACCUGCUGUGGUCAUGCCCCACAUUCACAUGUACUGUAUCCAAUCUGCACUGUUAGCUUUAUCCCAUGCUGGGUCUGAUGCAAUGAUUUGUUCGCUGUCAAACCUGGGCACAGUCUCAGCAGCAUCAACAGAUUAUACCAAAUACAAAGAAGAGGUGUUUUCUCUCCACAUGCAAGAUAUAAAAAAACACUCUCUUCAAUCCAAAGUGUUCCUGUAAACAAUCCUAAACCUAAAGUGCUGCUAUAGAGGAAUGUUGACAGCUCUGGAUUACAGUUGAUUCGAUUGCACUCACCAACCUCAUGGACAUAGUGAUAUUAGUACACACAAAUCCAAAUUUGAUAAGUUUCAUAGUGUGUAGGCAAAGUUGACCAAAACCUGGAGUUAUCAAGUGCAAAUGUAUUUGAAAUUGAAGAAUCUGUACGACAAAUCUGUGCACUCUUUUGUGAUGCUAGCUUACUGGACUGUGCCCAUAUGUAGAGUGCAGUUAAAGGCAUCAAAUCCACCACUGGUUAAUUAAACGGAAUAGCAAGCAUUAAUUAAAAACUCUGAGAUGUUGAAAGCCACACCCCUAUUGUAGCUUUGCAGUUUCCUUCCAAGUUGCUUUGUCACGAAUAAGGUUGAACAGGGUGGCUGUCAAAGGUAUCCUAAGGGCUCAUGAACCCAGAUCACAAAAAGAUAAGGUUUCAACAGUGGUGGACUGCUGAGACAUUCUUGGCAGCAUGAAACCAUCGGCAGCAUUACGCUAUGCUCAUAGCGCAAAGGAUUCUUGAAUGGCUUGAUUUCUUUAAAUUUUAUAUUACUACCGUGCAGGGUCAAGGACUAAGCCACAUACAGUAGCAUUCCUUCUAACACUUUUCAGCUCAACAACACUGUGCCCCUUGCUAGAGAGACCGUGUUCUGUAACAGCUGCAAAGUAGCUGCCACAAACAUUCCUCCUUGGUAAACAUGGGUGGGGCCCUCAGUCCACCCAAGGGCUUGUUCUAUGAGUUUGUCUCCUGCAGGAACUCUGUACACAGGUCAUAGAACGCACUGAUGCUCCCAAUGCCUACUUUGCAAAGAAUAAACUAUUUUUUAAAAGCAAA